AUGUCCGCCAUUCGCUGCCGGCUGCCCUUUCUUGUAAUAUUCCUUGAAGGGAUUUUACUCGUGCUCAUCGCUCUUUUUGUGACUUAUGAUGAACAUUCUGAUGCUGCAGCCCAGAGCAAUGAGACAGAUCAUAAGCAUAAUCAACUAUAUGCCAUCUUCCCAGUCUUUCAAGACGUCCAGGUGAUGAUUUUUGUGGGCUUUGGACUCCUCAUGGGCUUCCUAAAGAAGUACGGUUACGGAGGGAUUGCCUUCAAUUUUAUGAUAGCGGUGUUUUCCGUUCAGUGGGCUCUGCUAGUGCAGGGCUGGUUCUACCAUUUCCACCACGGCAGGAUUCACAUCGGGGUUUAUAACCUGCUCACCGCUGAAACAGCCUGCGCCACUGUCAUGAUCUCAUUCGGAGCCGUGCUCGGCAAAACCAGCCCAGUGCAGAUCCUUAUUCUGUCUCUGCUGGAAGUUCCAAUAUUCACUGCAACCGAGUGGAUUAUUAUGGAGCUUCUAAAAAUCAAGGACGUCGGAGGGUCUAUAACCAUCCACUUGUUUGCUUGUUAUUUUGGCCUAAGUGUCACUACGGUGCUGUACAGACCCGGUUUAAAAGAUGGGCACAAGGACGAAGGGGCAGACUAUAACUCGGACAAGCUGGCCAUGCUUGGCACCUUGUUGCUGUGGGUCUUCUGGCCAAGUUUUAACUCUGUCUUCGCAUCAAGUGGACACGGCCAGCACAGGGCUGUGAUCCACACCUACAUUGGACUCAGCUCGUGUACCCUCACGACCUUCGCCAUAUCCAGCCUCCUGGACAAACGGGGCAAGAUUAACAUCGCCCACAUCCAGAAUGCUGCUCUGGCAGGCGGGGUGGCAGUGGGCUCCGCAGCAGACAUGAUGGUCACUCCAGCCGGGGCAUUCGCCUUGGGCUGCAUCGCCUCCGUGCUCUGCACGGUGGGAUUUAAAUACUUGACUCCCUUCCUGGCUAAAAAACUCAAAAUCCAAGACGUGUGCGGCAUCAAUAACUUGCACGGGAUUCCCGGCUUUGUAGGGGCAAUUGCUGGAAUUGCCACUAUUCUAUUGACAGCCGAUGAGAGAUAUGGCCAUGGCUUGUAUGACACCUUCCCGGAGAGAGUUCCCAAGGAAGGGGAUAUAAAGUUGGCCGAAUUGGUCCGGGUGCUCCCGCAGCUGAAAGCUGGAGGGGGCCGGAGCGCCUGGGAUCAGGCACAAUACCAGGCGGCAGCUAUUGGGGUCUGUCUGGGCAUCGCUGUUUUAGGAGGGACCGUCACGGGCUUCAUCCUAAAACUACCCUUUCUAGCACAGCCGAAAGACGAGUUUUGUUUCAAUGACGACCUUUACUUUGAAGUACCCGAGGUAGAAGAGAAAGAAGAAUUUGAAUUUACCAAUAAAAACAACGCGAACAAUAACCAGCGCCUUAAACUUCCGGUUUGAUUUCUAACUUCAUUUUUGUAUGCCCGAACAUCGUGUCUUACAUCAGUUUUCAGGACGUGCCUGUUAUGGAAAGACACCUUGUAGUUAGCAUACCUUAUGCUAAUUGUCCAAUACUUUAAC